AAUCAAAUUUAUUUAUUAUAACAUUAUUUUUAAAUUAUUAGGUCGGGACAAACGCUUUGAACAUUUCCAUUUCACAAACUCAAUAGCUCAGCGUUUGGCACAUCGUGCUGACCGCUACGAAGAGUACGCCAUUGUGUAUAAUAAUAAAUUCUCUGACUCGAGCUGUUUGCAAUUUUUUACCCUUUACGUAUUUUACGAAAUUGAGUUCUAUAAGUAAAGUUUUAUAUCCUUUGCAAGGUACUACAUAAGGUAACUUAUACUGUCAGUAUUUAACCAUGGAAGAGUCUUUAUGCCGAAUCAAAAAUUUGGCUCAUGCUUCUGUUGCUUCUCUGGAAAUGAAAAUGCAACAAUAUGAUCAAUGGUCCGAAAAUUUUGAGAGUGAUGUCAGCAAUCUUGAUUAUCGAGCUCCAAAGAUUUGCGUUGAUCAUUUGUAUCGAGUGAUUGAAUCUAAGGGACUUCAAUUCACCGAGGAAACAGAAAUAAUCGACUUAGCUGCCGGAACUGGAUUGGUCGGUAAAUUCCUCCGAGAUAAACAAUUCAUAGGAACAAUUGAUGCCCAAGAUGGAAGCUCCGGAAUGUUGGACGUUGCAAAGACUAAAAACAUUUACUCCAAUUUCUACGAAUGCAUUUUAAAACCAGAUGCGAUCUUGCCUCUGCCGGUAAAUCAUUACGACGUCGCAAUUUUGAGCGGUGCUUUGAGUGACAGUCAAGUACACCCGACGUGCCUAAAGGAUAUACUGCGGCAUAUCGAAGUUGGUGGGAUUUUUGUAUUUUCCACUCGUUCCAAUAGAAAUAACCUGGAUUUCAAAAAGAAGUUGGACAUAGAAAUUGAAAAAUUAGAGCAUGACGGCUGUUGGGAAAAGCUAUUAGUAAAUGAUGUCAAAGAAUUUGAAAGAGCCACCUCUCCAGAAGAAGUAAUACAGGCAGCUGACAAACAGCAAAUUACUGAGGAAUAUCCUUUUAUAUCUGGAUCUGUUUAUUGUUAUAGAAAACUAAACUAGCUUUCUGUCUAUUUAUAUUGUUGAUUUGCAGCUAAAGUGCACUCGUGGGUUUUUACCUAAUUAUUUAUAACUCACGAUUCGAAUAUUUGAUGUCUUUCAAUGGACGUUGCAAAUAAUGUUUCAACUAUUUUUGAUCGAAAGCAAUUUCAACUAUUUUACAAUAUACACUCAGGUGCAUGUUUCCCAUUGCAAUAUUGUUUUUAAUUAUGCUAGUGUUUUAUAAAGCAAUCACAAGUAUAUAUGGUACAUUAUAUUAAAAUAAAAUCAUAGUGUUUUUCGUUGA